AUGGGUUCUUCUUCUCAAAAGUGGGUUGUAGGGUUACUUCUUGUCUUGAGCAUUUUCUUGGAAUUGAGUGCCAUCACUUUUGGUGAUGAUAAGCUUGAAGAGUCGAGGUGGGGUAAUGAUAAUGGUUGUGGACGAUUUGGUAGAAGAGGAUGUGGUGGACGUGGAGGAUGGGGUGGACGCAGUCCAGGUGGUGGUAAAGGUGUUGGAGGAGGAGGAGGUUUUGGAGGUGGAACUGGCGGAAGAGGAGGUCUUGGGGGAGGAGCAGGAGGUGGAGUAGGUGGUGGAGGAGGUCUUGGUGGAGGAGCAGGUGGUGGUGGUGGACUAGGUGGCGGAGGAGGUCUUGGGGGAGGAACAGGAGGUGGAGGUGGACUAGGUGGAGGUGCGGGAGGUGGAGUAGGUGGCGGAGGAGGUCUUGGGGGAGGAGCAGGUGGUGGAGGUGGACUAGGAGGUGGAGGUGGAGGAGGACUAAGGGGAGGAGCAGGUGGUGGUGCUGGUGGUGGAGCUGGUGGCGGUGUUGGUGGUGGUGCAGGAACUGGAGGAGGUGUUGGUGGAGGUGGUGGCUUUGGUGGUGGAGGAGGAGGAGGUGUAGGUGGAGGGUCAAGUCAUGGUGGUGGAUUUGGAGCAGGAGGAGGUGUAGGAGGUGGUGCAGGAGGAGGGCUUGGUGGUGGAGGUGGAGGUGGAGGUAGUGGUGGUGGUGGAGGUAUCGGAUGUGGUUCUGGACAUGGUGGAGGGUUUGGAGCCGGAGGUGGUGUAGGUGGUGGCGUUGGAGGAGGUGCUGGAGGCGGAGGUGGAGGAGGAGGCGGUGGUGGUGGAGGAGGUGGUGGUGGUCUUGGAGGAGGUUCAGGCCAUGGUGGUGGAUUUGGUGCAGGUGGUGGAGUUGGAGGCGGAGCUGGUGGAGGAGUAGGAGGAGGAGGCGGAUUUGGAGGUGGUGGUGGAGGUGGAGUAGGAGGAGGAUCAGGUCACGGUGGUGGUUUUGGUGCAGGUGGAGGCGUAGGUGGUGGGGCCGGGGGAGGAUUAGGAGGAGGAAAAGGAAUAGGAGGUGGACAUGGUGGAGGAAUCGGAGUUGGAAUUGGAAUUGGUAUCGGAGUUGGUGUUGGUGCUGGAGCUGGCAAAGGUGUUGGAGUAGGGAGUGGGUCCGGUAGCGGUGGUAAUGGCCGAUGA